CCUGCGCUCCUCGUACCAAGAAUUGGAGACGAAGCUAAAGGAGGCGGAACUUAAGAGGGAGCAGGCCGAAAAGCAGCUGGCGGAGAAAAACUCCGAGCAUAUCAGGGAGAAGGGCGAGCUGGAGCUGAAAAAGAAUGCUGACAGCGAGACCAUCAGGAGGCAGCAAAAGGAGCUGAACGGACUCCGGAAAUUCAUGGAGACAGCGGAGCAGCACUGGGACUUGCUCAAUGAGAACAUCUUGGAGCCGCUUGGGUACCCGGAACAGCGCCGGAAUUUGUUCCCACGAGACGAUCUUCUGCAACUCGCGGGUGAUGACUGCAAGGAUCUCAUCUCCGCCUCCCGCAAAAUAUGCCAUAAUUUGAACAUCAAAAGGAGCCGCACUUGUGACGUGCGCAAGCUUAUUGGUAAGAUGGACGUUCUGCCGGAGCUGGUGAUUGAUCUACAAGCAUCUUCAGCCCGAGGCGCAGUACGAGGAGGGAGCAAGCAUCGCACGAGGAGGAGAGGAGCAGUUGGACCAGAAGAUCGACGUGAAGCUGGACAUGGAACUGGCAUGCGCGAGAGGGGAAGCUGA